AAAAAAGAUAGAGAGAUAAAGAAAGAGAAAGAGUAAAAAAGAAAUUGUGAAAGAAUUACAAGAAGAGAGAAGAGGAAGAAAGAACGCAAAGUGAGAUCUCCCCUGUGCGCGUCGAAAAGGCGCGAUCGUUGCUCGGUUUCAUUCAGUCAGUGCCGGUACUUCUUUUCGCACGCGUCGUCGUAGUCAUCGUAGUCGUCGUCGUCGUCGUCAUUCGUUGUCAUUCGCCGCCGUCGUCGUCGCCGCCGUCGUCGUCGUCGCCGCUGCCUCCGAGGCCGCCGCCGUCGUCGUCGUCGUCGUCGUCGUCGUCGUCAUCAUCGUCGUCGUCGCCGUCGUCGCCGUCGUCGUCGUCGUCGUCGUCGUAGUUGUCGUCGUAGUUGUCGUCGAUGAUCAUACCAAGACCUGAAGGAUAUUAUUACUUUCCAUGUGUAUAUCAAGGACGUUCGCCUCAUUUCGUUCUAGUAGUUAGUGACGGAGUAUUAAAGGAAGAAUAUACCGAAGAAAUAAACCGAAGAAAUUAAGGAAUAUAUAAUAAACCGAAGAAAUUAAAGAAUAUUUAAUAAACCGAAGAAAUUAAAGGAUACUUAAAAUUAAAAUAAAAUAAAAUAAAAUAAAAUAAAAUUAAAAUAAAAUUAAAUUAAAGUAAAAUUAAAAUAAAUAAAAUAAACGAAUAUACGAAUAAAGAGAAAAUCAAGACGACGGGAAAAUAUAAAGGAAUAAACAAAGUAUUAGAAAGAAAGUGGGAAGAUAUAUCCUCGUCUACGUCAUCAAGUCUUCGUCGUCAUCGAAGUUACUUCCAUGUGGGGAGAGGGAAACUAUCAUCAUCCGGUACUACUACUACUACUACUACUAGGACGAGUCAGUGAUCAUUGUUUUCAAUAUCCUUCUUCUUCUUCUUCUUCUUCUUCUUCUUCUUCCUCCUUUUCUACUGCUUCUACUUCUUCUACUUCCUCUACUUGUUCUACUACUACUAUUCGUACUACUACUACUACAACUGCUGCUGCUACUACCACUACUGCUACCACUGCAAAACGUCGUCACGGUUAAGUGCAACAAAACAAAAAAGAUUGCAAAUGUCACCGUCGAACCAGACACUUUUUCUACUAACGUCUAACAUCGUCAUCUCGUUCACAAGAGGGAACUGUGGUAAAGGUGGCUGAGAAGGAACGAAAAGAAGGAGAAGACGAAGAAGAGGAAGAGGAAGAGGAAGAGGAAGAGGAAGAAGAAGAAGAGGAAGAAGAAGAAGAAGAAGAAAGAGGAGGCGGAGGAGGAGGGGGAGGAGGAGGAGGAGAAGAAAAAAAAGAAGAAUUAAAAUCAUAAGGGAAAGCUCUCAAGGGGGGGCAUGAUAAGCAAGGACGUGAUUUCGAGAAGAGAAUCAGGUGUCGCUCUGACAAACAAUUUUUCUGAACUCGAUAGAAUAAUAGUGCGAGACAGAAACAAGAUUCGACGGAUUAAUCGACCUGUUUCACGAAAAUUAUUGAUGACGGAAUGACGGGACCUUCAUUAUCAUUUAGAGAAUACAUCAGCAGUAUGGCCAAAAAGAUAUACGAGCGAGCUAAAAAGUGAUUUUUAGCGUAGGCUCGAUCGCGGUUCGAUCGUGGAUCGAUCGAACGAUCGAAUUUUUAUAAAAUCGAGGAAAGGAAAGAGUAAGAGAGAAGGAAAUAAAAGGGGGAAAAAAAAAAAGUAAUACAAUCUAAGAAGAUAAUACUUUUUUCCUCAAGAAGAAAUUUUCUUUCAAAAUAUAAAGACGAGAAAAAUACAUACGGUGAACCGACGAAGGCGACAACUAAGACGCAACACGUCGGAUGAUCGUUAACAAUGGAAUCAUUCUUACUGUGACACUAGGCUGGUUGGCCUAAUCGCCGAUGAUAAUUCCUCUUACUUUUAUUAACGCCAUAACCACCAUCACCACAACGUCAUCAUUACCUUCACCAUUACCACCAUCAUUAAGUCCUGUGCCUCCUUUUACUCUACCAAUUUAAAAAGAAUCAUCAAGUUCGUCGAGUAAAGAAAAAAGAGAGAGAGAGAGAAAGAAAGAAAGAAGGAAGGAAAGAAAGAAAGAAAGAAAGAAGGAACGAACGAAAAAAGAAUUUCGUAAUAAUCAUUGCCGUCGUUGACCUCUCUUAUACGUCGUUCACCUAAGUACACACACACAUACACACACACACACACAUAUAUAUAUAUAUAUAUACAUAUAUAUAGUUUUCAAGGUCAUCUUGAUAAGUGCCGAUAAGUGCCAAGAGAAAAUUCUUUUUUUUUCUUCUGUUGCUGUAUCUGCCGAAAGGUGAAAAUAAAAAGGAAAGGAAUAAGGGUGAGGACGAGGGAGAAGAGGGGAGGAGGAAAGGGAAAAAGAAAAAGAAAAAAAAUCAAGCACAGGAAAGUGGGUGGUGACAAAGUGAGAUAGAGAAAGAGGUACAGAGACAGAGAGAGAGAGAGAGAGAGAGAGAGAGAGAGAGAGAGAGAGAGAGAGAGAGAGAAAGAGAGAGAGAGAAAGAGAGACAGAGACAGAGAAAGGGAGAGUAAAAGAGAAAGAGAGAGAGCGAGAGGGAGAGAGGGUGUCCUCGUUGGGGUGGCAGAGUGAGCACGAUAGCACCUCUGGUGCCCUCGGCCGUGGGUCCCGAGGGGACGGACGCCAUGGCGGCCUCUUCGUCCUCGUCGAGCGGCGAGCAGCAAUACUCACUCAGGUGGAACGACUUCCACUCGAGCAUCCUUAGCUCAUUUCGUCAUCUUAGGGACGAAGAGGAUUUCGUCGAUGUGACAUUAGCCUGCGAUAGUAGCAGUUUCACUGCUCACAAGGUCGUCCUCUCCGCCUGCAGCCCUUAUUUCAGGCGACUUCUUAAGGCAAACCCAUGCCAGCAUCCAAUUGUGAUAUUAAGGGACGUUGCAUCUUCGGAUAUGGAGUCCCUAUUACGGUUUAUGUAUCAUGGAGAAGUACACGUUGGACAAGAACAAUUAGCUGCAUUUCUGAAGACCGCGCAAAUGCUUCAGGUUCGAGGAUUGGCGGAUGUUAACAGUGGUGCUGCUACAGCUAAAAUUCCACCCCCACCUUCGUCAAGUGGCAACAAUGGUAGUGCACCCACGACGCCACGUAAUCCAUGGCAAGAUAACGGCAGGGGAGAUCUUAAUGAGAGUGGCUUGAGUCCUCCACCGGAUAAGAGACCUAGAAGUUAUAGUCCCCCACUGGGUAAUCAUAUCGAGCCAAAAACAGACCUACAAGAGUCUCUCUUGGGACAGGCCCUUGAAGGUGGACCCACGAUACAUACGACACCUACGAACAAUGUUCAGGCCCAAUCGACUGGCGAAGAUUCGAAUUCUAUAUCGGACAACGAGGAAGAUAUGUCGAACAACGAUAGUAUCUUAAACUCAGUGAAAACAGAACCUAGCGAUAUUUUGAAUGAUUCGAUGGAGCAUCAUCGUAGUACCUUCCCAGCUGCGCUUUUGGGUCUACAAGGACUUAUGCCAGGACCAUCGGGGAUUCAUGCGGCAAAUCAGGAUCCAAAUUACGAUCACGGGCUCGAUGAGGCAGAGGGUGCGGCUUACCACCACCACCACAGCCAUCACCAGCAACAUCAUCGGCACCGUCAUCAUCAUCCACUACCACCCGCUCCUCCUCCUCACCAUCUCCAACCGGCAGGAACGCACGAAGAUGACUCCGACCAAUCAGGGAAUACGGUUGCGGCGACAACGACUAUCACCACAACAACAGCCAAGUAUCAAAGAGCCCAGCCAGAUUUCAGGCAACAGAGAAUGUUACGUGAACAUCAUCGGCAACACGGUUAUCGUUGUCCACUUUGCUGUAGGACCUUCCAAGAGAUUGGUGCUAUGAGAGCUCACUUGGAUCAUCAUUAUCCUAGAGACUCGCCGACCUGUCCUGUUGUAUCCUGUGCUAAAACAUUUUCCCAUCCUAACAGUGUCCGGAAUCAUAUGAGACUUAAACAUCCGAUACAGUGGGAUCAGAUAAAAACCCUUAGAUGGACUUAUGUUUGAUCGAGAGGGAAUCAACUAAUAACCUAAUCGUUUAUUCCUUUUUCAAAUCUAUACUAUCUUCUUCUUCUUCUUCUUAUUCUUUUUCCCAAAGAGAUCGUCUUUAUUAUUAUUAUUAUUAUUAUUAUUAUUAUUAUUAUUAUUAUUAUUAUUAUUAUUAUUAUUAUUAUUAUUAUUAUUAUUAUUAUUAUUAUUGUUAUUAUUUGUAUUAUUUUUCUUCUUCUUCUUCUUCUUCUUCCUCUUCUUUUUUCUUGAGAACGAUUGAAAUACAUGAGAUCAAUCAUGCGUUCGUCAUCGUUUAGGACAUUGCGUGCCAGAUUAUCAUCGCAUAAGAGAAGAUUUAGCUCGAAUCUACUAAUACCAUUAACUUCGUAUAAUAAUAUAAUGCUGUACGAGAUCACGUUUGUACUAUUUCUCAACAGUGCCGCUUUAUUUUUCAAAGUUUCAAACACGUAAACUCCUACUCCCAUAUCCCUCCCACAUCCCACCCCCUCCCAGCCCCGCCAACCUACUACUUCAUCACCCUCUCUCACUCGCCAAGUCCGCGUACCGUGUUUCUAUCCCUGAAAUCAAUAAUAAUUAUGAGAAAACGCACACGUUGUAUAUAUUAUAAAAGAGUAUAUAAAAAGAAAAAUUAUAUACAUAUAUAUAUAUAUAUAUAUAAAUAUUAUAUAUAUAGAAUAUAAAUAUAAUAUACAUAGAAUUGAUUUUAUAUAAAAAAAAAAAAAAAAAACAUAAACGAAACAGUAUUUCCAGUAGAGCCUGACAAAAUCUAGACGCCGUAGGGUCUUGUAUUAAUUAAAGGAAGUAAAAAAAAAAAAAAAAAAAAAAAAGAACAAAAAAAAACAAAAAAAGAAAAACACAAAACGAAACAAAAAACCACACACGGACAGGCACGCGCACACACACACACACACACACAAACACACACAUACAAACGAGAAAAAACAAUAAAACAAAAGGAAUGUCCAAAAGAAUUGUUAUGGACAAUCCUUAUAAAGUUUUAGAACGAGAUGUAUGUAUUUACACAAGAGAAAACAAUGUUCCUCCAAGCUGAGUAAGCCAGCCUUACGAAAAUAAUGUAGUUUUUAAGAGCGUAGUGCCGAUAUAAUAAUGAUUUAACGAACGAAGACAAAAGAAAAAAAAAAAAGGAGAAAAAGGAAGCAAAUGAAAAAUAAAAAAGGAAAAAAAACAGAAUAGAGAAAGAAAAAACAUAACAACAACAACAGCAUAGCGAGUAUUUAGCACAUCCGUAAGGAAAGAAGGAAAAAAAAUUAAAAAAUAAAAAAAUUACGAACAACAACAACAACAAUAACAACAACAACAACAACAACAACAACACGCGAUAAAUAGAAUAAUGAUCGAAAAUAGAAUAAUGAUGAUGAAGAAUUUAAAAAUCCUUAUUAGUAGCAGUAGUAAUAGUAGGCCAUACCAAUAUCGUAACGGGUCUCUUUUUUCAUGGUCAUUAUCAAGAGAUUACAGAGCCCAUUUGCGUGUGUGUGUUGGUUCUACGCGAAAUUUUGCGCGAAUCGAUUUGAUUCGAUAUAUUCGAUUAUCGAUAUUCGAUAUUCGAAGUGAGACACUCCCGAAAAUUUUUUUAAACGUGUCUUCUUCGUGUACAAGUGCACACAGAAAGAAAGAAAGAAAGAAAGAAAGAAAGAAAGGAAAAAAAAAAAGAAAGAAGAAAGGAAGGAAAGAAAGAAAGAGAAAAAAGAAACGUUCAAUGAAAAAUGCUCGACCAUCUUCCCACCAACCAACCCACCCUAUCUCGUCUCCUGCCCCAUCCCAAUUUAACCCAACCCAACCCAAUUCAACCCACCCUCAAUCCCUACUUUUGAAGCGUUCUACCUAAAUAGCGCCUAGCCUUAUUUUUCUACACAGUUUUAUGUUUUCGUCAGUAUUCUCUAGAUUAGAGACUCCAUUAAACGCGAACCGAUUUUGAACACUUUGCGACGCUUCUUUCUAAUCUCUCUGACUCCGAAGGUAGGACGACAACAACAAUAACAAUAACAAAAACAACACGACAACUACAACAACAACAAGGAAGAAAAAAAUCAUCAGAAAGGAAAAGAAAAAAACAAAAAAGAUAAAGAAUCGAAGAUAGGAAAGAAAUUUUCCAAUAAAUUUUCUAUAAGAAAAAGAAGAAGAAAAAGAAAAAGAAAAAUUGGAAGAAAACCUAUAAGAAACCUUGACCUUGCAUUUGUCUAUUAUAGUUUUUAUUAAAACUUCGGAAUCAGAGUUGAUUCGUUAUGAUGUUCAAAUAAUAAUACAUAAUUAUAAUGUAAUCGAAACAUCACAUACACAUACACGUAACACAUAAAUACACAAAAACACACACACACAUACCAGCGCUUGUAUGAUAGUUACUAUAGAAAAUACGUCGCAAGUGGUCACGUGGACAUAUACGAUUAUAAUACUAAGGUGUAUGAGCUGUUGGUUAUAUUAGUGGUACCACUGGUCAAUUGAUAAUUAUAUUGCGUUAGACAAGUUCAUUUUAAUUCGAAACCCGAAGAUCGAUAUUAUUAUUAUUAUUAUUAUUAUUAUUAUUAUUAUUAUUAUUAUUAAUAUUAUUACUAUUAUUAUUAUUAUUAUUAUUAUUAUUAUUAUUAUUAUUAUUAUUAUUAUUAUUAUAUUUAUUAUUUUUCUAUUUUUCUUUACCUAACAUGCAAUAGAGAUAUAUUUAUAGGUGCAAUCUUUUAUCAAGCAUAAUAUCGUUCAUUUGAAUAUUAUUUUUAUCAUCCCGUUGUUGUUACGCGUGAUAAUAUCUUUACCGCUUUCGUGACCGACAGCCCGUAUAACAAACGAUGUACAGAGCAUCGACGAUACGCACUAUUUUAGCAGACAUUAGCUUAUAAAUAUAUGAAUAAAAUAUACGAAAUAAAAAGUAUAUAUAUAUAUACAUAUAUAUAUAUACUAUUUAAGUAAUGCUUUGUACAAUAAAAGGUAUUCAGUGAAUCCAA